CUGUGGUUCAGUGUUGUAGUGAAGAGGAGUGGCAACCUGAGCUUCCUGGAGUCUCUCGCUCGCUGAGUCAAUCGCCAAACAGCGGAGGACGGCGAAGGUGGAUGCCGAGUUCAGGAAAACGUUAGCCGGUAGUGUGUUGUUUAGGUACAACUUCCAGUGACUUUGCGGCGAAGCUUUACGGACUCUGAAGAUGUCUUCUUUAGCCGACCAAAGCCAGCAGUGGCUUCCUACCAGUGUGCAGGUAACGGUGCAUCAGGCUCGCAAACUGCGCGUCAAGGGCAAGAGUGGCACCAACGACGCUUACGCCAUCAUGCAGGUGGCCAAAGACAAGUUUUCCACCUCUGUGGCUGAAAAAUGUGUCGAUCCAGUGUGGAAGGAAGAAGCUUCGUUUGACUUGCCGCUUUUCCACGCAAACAAUGCUGAACGCUGCACCCUGUACAUCAUAGUAAUGCACCGUGCCCAGGUGGGACUGGACAAGUUCCUGGGACAAGCUGUGGUUAAUUUAGUAGAUCUUCACGGGGAGGCCCGCAAAAAGACAGACUGGUUCAAGUUGGUGGACAAGUCUGGAAAGGAGGACAAGGAACGUGGAGAGGUGUUGCUGGACAUCCAGUUCAUGAGAAACAACAUGUCAGCGAGCAUGUUUGACCUUUCCAUGCAGGAAAAAUCCCGCUCCCGCAUCUCUAAAAUAAAGGACAAAGUCCGUGGGAAGAAAAAGGACGGUUUCUCUGACUCCGCUUCAGCUAUCGUGCUGUCUGUCAGCCAGGUCCUGACGGAUGACGAGGAGAAGGCUGACGCGCAGUCACUCAGUAUGUCUCCGGGAAUGAAAAAGAAAUCAAAGCUCAAAACUCUGUUUGCUCCCAAAUCAAACUUGCAUCGUAACAUCUCGCAAUCCAUGUCGACUUUGGGCAAUCUCCCCGAGAAGAAUUCAUCUCUCACUGGCAGCCGCUCGUCUGGCCUCAACGUAGAUUCUCCUGAAGGCAAAAAGAAAUUCAAAUUUCUGGGCCACAAGCGAACAAGCAGCACAGACAGCAAGUCAUCUCUAGGCCCUUUUUCACUACUGGGCCGCUCUAAGCACAGCACCACUGACCUGAGUAACACAUGUGUUAACGGCAGCCAUGUGUAUGCAGAGGAGGCGGGGCCAAAGAGCAGAUCCACGCUCAGUCUUAACAGCUCGGAGCAAAGUUCUGUAGAGGAUGUCCACAGACACAACAUUGAUGCCUCUGCAGAGACCUUCACUUCCUACAGGCCAGAGUCUGCAAACAAGACUCUGCUGGAGCAACAGCACCAUCAAGAGGAGGAAGUGAGAAGGCAGUCAGAGGCCAAGAGGCUAGAGGAAGAACAAAGAUACAAGGUUGAGGUGAAGAGACUGCAGGAGGAGGAGGAAGAACGCAAACACCAAGAAGAACAGGAGAGGAGACGAUGGUUGCUUGAGGAUGAGGCACGGAGGAAGAAAUUGAUUGAGGAAGAAGACAGGAGAAGGCAAGAGGAAGAACGCAAGAUACUGGAGGAAGCAGAGGCACGGAACCUUGAAGAGGAGCAGCGGAGACAGCAGGAGCAAGCACAGAGAGCUGAAGAGCAGAAAAGACAGGAGGAAGCCUCCAUGAGUGAGAGGUUGUCAUCUCUCUUUGGAAUCAUCAGGAAGAAGGAGGAAAAAAAAGAUGAGCUCCAGCAACAUGGUGGUAGUAAAGAGGAGGUAUACUCAUCUGUCCCCAACAGUGACGGGAGAGAUCCCAGUCAACCAAAAUCACACAGUUCAACCAACCCAUUCGAGGACAUUCCCCUGGACUCAGAUCCUUUUCCGAGCACAGAUGAAAGUAUCAGUGAUCAUCAGGAAUCCAAACACAAAUCUCAAACCCUCUCUGCUUUGGGCUUCCUCAGCCGAACUGCUAAAGUGUCUGCAGUCAAACCCAGAUUUGCUCAAUCUCUGAUGUCUGAGCCCACUGACAGCCAAUCCCCCAAUCAACAGUAUCCUUCCCAAGCCACUUCUGAAUCCACCCUCUCUAGUGUCCCUUCUGACUCUUCUGAUAACUUCUCCAGUCUUCACCUUUCAUUGGCUCCACCAGUCAUUAGCCAAAGGUCUGGUUCCCUGAGUGGCAGCACAGAGAAUUCGUCAUCUGCUGGAUCUUCACCCACCAUGUCUGACAAGAAGCAAAGACCCCUCCUGCCACCCUCUUAUCCUCAACAUGGCAGUCAAACUCAACUUUCUACACAGAUGGGCCAAAGCUCAUGGCGUUCCUCUCCAGGAAGUGAGCAGAUCCCUGUCACUGAGACCAAGAAUCCUGCAUAUAUUGAGACAGGGUCGGCGCCUCUCCCCAAUUAUGAAACUCUCUUUCCACAGAAGAGACAUGGAGUACAAGGGCAUGCUAAGUGGGACCACAUAAUUGCAGAGGUGAAUCAGAGACAUCGGGACAGCCAACCUGAAUUAGUGGGUCCAGAGAUGAGCGUGGAUGGCCCAGAGGAGCCUGAACCAAAUCUUCAGUCUUUUCAGCCACCGGAUACCUCACCUUUUAGUCAACGUCAAACACGACCUCAGGAUACCAAAUCUGCGUCACUAAAAAAAGAGCCUUCACCAGCUUCCGCUAAUAAAGGUGCUUCUGCACACCAUGGACCAGUCACAGCUUCCAGUCAAAGGCUUUUUCAGGGCUCUACACAUCCUCGGCCAAUUAUCACGAAGCCCAGUCUCUCUGCAAUCCAGGAAACUGUAAUCACUGACACAUCAAGCAAAGAUGUUUUUGUAGUAGCUGGAGAUGGAGAAAGUAAGGUGCACCCAUCACUUACCAAAACACAGAUUUCCAAACCAAAUAGCCGAACUGGUGAUGCUGUAGCUCUGUCACAGCACCAAAGACAAGUGCAGGACACUGUCUCCGAAGAUGUUCCCAUUGCCAAACCCAGAACAAGAGCAAGUGAACUGGUAAAUUAUAAUGAGUUUGACAUAACACCAGUAGCUUCUGACUUCAGGUCAGAUGUGGACAGAAAUGGGUGGCAACCAAAGUUUGACCCAUUCCCCACGAGUGACCUCCUUUCCAAAGACCCUUGGGCACAAAUGACACCGCACCAAGACAUAAAUGACCCAUUUAGUAGUAAUGCAAACAAAGAGCAGAAACCUGAAGAUCAGGGAAUGACAGCCUUUGAUCUUGACAAAAUCUUUGCUCAAGACAGUCCAGCCAAUCCUUUUGCUAAUUUGUCCGGCAGUGACUCAACCAAACAAGAGUACAGCAAAAAAGAUGUUUCAAAUCAACACAGUCCUGCUUUUCAAAGACAGAAUUCACAGAGAAGAAAGCUGCCUCUCCCAUCAGUGCCUCAAUCACAUAAAACAGGUGCCAACCUUUCUAAAGAACCAGCAUACAAAGAGAAAUCAAGCACUGCCAAUCAAGACCUCGCAAAAGAACUGCAGUCUCCAGCAGAUGCAAACAUGCAAACCAGACUUUACAGGGAAAAAGAUCUAUUUGGAGCUGAUCCUUUUGCUGUACCUUCUUCCUCCCUCGAAUCCCCUGUUUUAACCACUCCAGUGACACUUCCCAUAGUUAUGGAGAACUCGGCAUCUCAGUCAGAUAUUUUGUCUGUGGGAAAGACUCCUUUACAAGUAUGGGUGUCACCGUCUGAGGUUCAGCCUGUCAGUGCUCAGAAUAGCAGUGGAGGUGUGUUAGCAUCAACUCCACGCAGGCCUCAUCCUGUGAAGCCCAUGAACACGGUGGAGAACCAGCCUCCCACCAGCACCACAGCCUUCAAAGAUAUAAACAUCCGUGAUAGUACAGCUGGAAAAAUAAAGAUGGCAGAGACUGUGGAAAGUGGACCUUACGGUCAGCUGACACAGGAGGAAUUGAUCACUCUCGUGGUGAAGCAGCAGGCCGACCUGUCCAGUAAGGAUGCCAAGAUCAGUGAGCUUGAGGAGUACAUUGAUAACCUGCUGGUCCGUGUCAUUGAGGAGAAACCCACGAUCCUACAAUCCCUCAACAUAAACAAGCCACUAUAACAUGAUGAUGGGACAAGAGAGCCCCACUUGAAUGCCCAGCUAUAUUUCUGUGGAAUUUUUCAUUGCUUAUAGAGUAGAGAUGGAGAAUAUUUAUGAACGUCUUUGAGCAUGUGCACUUUUAUAAAUCAUGGAAAUAUUAUGCAUUUACGAGUAAAUGUACUACUUUUGAGUUUUGUUUUUGUUUUGACAGUAAGGUACUGGAAUUUACUUUAAAAGCUUGCUUCAUCCAAUUUACACCUAUUAUUUGUUGUUUUAAUAGUUUAAUUCAAGCAUAAUUUUAUUGAUGCAUAGACACUGGCUUUUUUUUUUUUUUUUUUUUUUAAACUUUGUGAUGUUGGGCAGCAGGAGUCGCUGUGCAUGUGGUAGUCAGUAGGCCUCACUUUUAGCUGACUGGUCAGAGUGUCCACCUCCCAUGCCGGAGAUCGCAAGUUUGUGUCUGGAGGGAAGCGAGUGGGAGGAGCCAAACACAACGCAGAUAAAGAGUACAAGCUGCUACAUUUACACUCGGUUUUACACUGCCAUAUGCAACCAUUCCAAAUUCAUGCUUUGUCCUGUAAUGAGACAAAAGGUCUUGUCUUAAUGAACUUUCUGUACAUGUGUUUCUAGCUGUCAUAUUAAGUUUCAUGUGUGCAAGUAUGAUUUCUGACAUGGAUAUCUGCUGAGUAACAAUCAUGACUUGUCUGUAAAAAUGCACAUUGUUUUUCACUCUGUCAUUGAAUUCUUAAUACUUUUGUAGGGUAGGAUUCAUUGAGGGGUUUAUAUACAUAAUACCUGAACAAAUCAAUGUUGCAUGUUCUUCCAGUAUUUUACAGGACAAUGUGCCUGUUUUUCUUUACAGAAAAGAGCUUAAUAAAAGUACGAAUAAUACUGA